AUGUCAGCCAUCGAUGAGAAGCCCCAGGCGGAGAUCGACCGUGUCGAGACUUCAUCGGGCGACAAUGGAAAGGGCGGUAUCGAGUAUGAACGAGCCCAGCUGCUCGCGAACCUUCCUGAUCCCGACGCGGGCAAGUCGGAGGAGGAGCGCCGCGCAAUUGACAAGAAGCUCAUGUGGAAAGUUGACCGAUGGCUGAUCCCUUGGCUGUCUCUGCUCUACCUUCUCUCGUUCCUCGACCGUACCAACAUUGGCAAUGCGCGUCUCGCCGGAAUGGAACCCGAUCUCGGCAUGGAGAAGGGUGACUAUCAACUGUCCCUGACGAUCUUCUUCAUCAGCUACGCCCUCGCUGAACCCCUGACCAACGCCCUCCUGAAGCGCCUUACACCCCGAAUCUUCUUCACCGGCAUCAUCCUCAGCUGGGGUGUCAUCAUGACCCUCAUGGGUCUCGUCAAGAACUUCCAGGGCCUGCUGGCCGCUCGUUUCUUCCUCGGUGUUGCCGAGGCCGGUCUGUUCCCUGGCGUGAACUACUACCUCUCUUGCUGGUACAAGGGCUCGGAGAUCGGUGUCCGUUCGUCACUCUUCUUCUCCGCUGCCGCGCUGGCCGGCUCCUUUGGCGGUCUUCUCGCAGCCGGCAUUGCCCAGAUGGAUGGCAUCGCUGGCAUGCCCGGCUGGGCCUGGAUCUUUAUCAUUGAGGGUAUUGCCACUGUCUUUGUUGGUGUCUUCUGCUGGUGGAUGGUUUUCGACUGGCCCGAGACGGCCAGCUUCCUCACUCCUGACGAGCGCAUCCGCGUUCAGCGCCGCAUCAUCAUGGACCGCCAGGGUCGCACGGCCGAAGACUUUGACAAGCGCCACAUCUACGCUGCCCUGGGCGACUGGAAGACAUACGGCUGGAUGGUCAUCUACAUGGGCUGCCUGACGCCUCUGUACGCCUUCUCGCUCUUCCUGCCCACCAUUCUCCGCGGUAUGGGUCACACCGGCACUCGCGCUCAGCUCCUGUCUGUGCCUCCUUACGCCGUUGCUGCCUGCUGCACUGUGGCCGUUGGCUUCCUUGCUGACCGCACGCGCUGGCGUGGAUACUGCAACAUGGUGACCGUCACUAUCGGCAUCAUCGGCUUUGUUCUGCUCAUGGCAUCGUCAGACCCGCAGGUCCAGUACGCCGGCACCUUCCUCGGCGCCGCAGGCAUCUACCCCACCAUCUCCAACACACUGUCGUGGGUUAUCAACAAUACCGAAGGUUCACUCAAGCGCGCUUUUGUCCUUGGCAUGGUCGUCGGCUGGGGAAAUCUCAAUGGUGUUGUCUCCUCGAAUAUUUAUCUUGACCGCGAGAAUCCUCGCUUCUGGACUGGUCACGGCGUCGUUCUGGGUUACCAGGUUCUCUUCCUGUUGGGCGGAUCUGUGUUCAUGCACAUUGCCCUCAGAAUAUCAAACCGCAACCGCCGGGCUGGCAAGAUGGAUGCCAAGUGGGCAACGCUCACGGAGGAACAAAGAUGGAUUAGCGGCGACAAGAGGCCCGACUUCAUUUACACUCUCAUCCUAGGCAUCAGGGUUGUAGGAGAGCCGCACACGCAUUUCGUCAUCAGCAUCGCGAUGGCGUGCGAGCUUCAUUGUACCACCAAAACAUUCCUUCGCGACACCCACCUCCAAACACGUGCUCGGAUCGCCAUGGUGCCAUCAAACGCCAUCACCAUGGAGUCUCAGAUAUAUACACAGCCUACAAACGACGCUUCCACGAUUUCAAGUGCCGGCGCGAAGUCGGGCAUGUUAGCAAAGCUAGACGACUACCAGAAACGCCCAAUCAUCAUGACGAUCACCGACGCCGAAGCCCAGCCGCUCCUCUCACCGGCCACCUCUAGCAGCUCAAGCACGACGCUGUACUCCAAUAACUUCAACAAAAUAUCGCGUCGUAUCGAAGACGAUGUGCUCCCCGAAGCUUCCUCCCUAGGCCGCACGCUCUCCUGGCAGAGUGCUUAUAUCCUUGUCAUCUCCCGAGUCAUCGGCAGUGGUAUCUUCGCAACGCCGGGCUCCAUAGUUCGCGCCGUCGGCAGCCCGGGGCUAGCUCUGCUGCUGUGGGUCGUGGGUGCUGCCGUGGCCGCUUGCGGCUUGGCCGUUUCGUUGGAAUUCGGCUCCAUGCUGCCGAGGUCGGGCGGCGACAAGGUAUACCUCGAGUUCACAUACAGGCGGCCGCGCUUCCUCGCCUCGACACUGGUGGCCGUCUAUGCCGUCCUGCUCGGCUUCACGGCCAGCAACUGCAUUGUCUUCAGCCAGUAUGUCCUGUUCGCACUGGGCCAGGAGCAGGCGGGCGAUAUUCUCCGCAAGGGGCUGGCUGUGGCAUUGCUCGCAGCCGUCACCGGAGUCCAUGCCGUAUUCCCCAAGACAGGCGUCCGCUUGCAAAAUUUCCUAGGCUGGGUCAAAGUUGGCAUCAUUAUCUUUAUGAUCCUGUCUGGCCUGUACGUCGUGCUUCUGCGUCCGGAACAGCGACUACCAGCGCAAGGGUCCAGCCUGGCAUGGGACACACUUUGGGAACACUCAAACUGGAACUGGGGAAUCAUCGCGACGUCGCUGUUCAAGGUCUUCUACUCGUUCGCUGGGCUGGACAAUGCCAACAACGUGCUGAACGAGGUCAAGGAUCCCGUGCGGACCUUGCGGUCUGUUACCUUCACUGCGCUCAUUACGGCUUGCGGCUUGUACCUGCUCAUUAACGUGGCCUACUUCAUCGUUGUCCCCAUCGACGAGAUCAAGGAGAGCGGCGAAUUGAUUGCAGCGCUCUUCUUCGAGAGGGUCUUCGGACCCGGCGUGGGGCGCAUCAUCUUACCCUUGACCGUUGCCCUGUCCGCUGUGGGAAACGUACUGGUCGUGGCCUUUGCUCAGGCCCGGCUCAAACAGGAGAUUGCCAGGCAGGGCUUCCUUCCCUUUUCUGAGAUUCUCUCAACAACACGCCCCUUCAACUCGCCGAUAGGAGGGUUGGCGGUACACUUCGUGCCCUCCCUCCUCGUCAUAACACUACCGCCAUCGCGUGAGGUAUACUCUUUCAUCCUAGAAGUAGAAGGCUAUCCUGGCCAGUUCUUCUCCCUGGCAGUGGCAUUCGGCCUCGUGUGGCUGCGGUUCAAGCGUCCAGAUCUGAAGAGGCCGUUCAAAGUCUGGCUGCCUGCUGUGGUGCUGAAGAUCUGUUUGAGUCUCAGCCUGCUCGCUGCACCGUUCUUCCCGCCGCCAAAUCGGCACGAGGGCGAACUUUUCUACGCCACAUAUGCUAUCGUUGGUGUGAGCAUUAUCACUGCUGCGACAGUGUACUGCCUUUGCGUAUUCCAGAUUCCUUUCAUCAUGGCCGCCGCCGUCGUUCACCAGAUCCCCACAGGGACCUUCGGUUCUCUCCAGAGUAUCGAUAACCCCGUCCAAGUCGAGACUUCGAACGCACCCAAACAGUCCCGUCAUGACGUUGAGACAUCCCUCAACUACUUCAAACCCAAUGAGGACGGCUCACCUCCUCACCCUACCUACGUUGAUCGCCCUGAGACUUACGACCGACCGUUCGAGUCUCACAAAGUCACCGUUAAAGACAUUUCAGGCCGGGAGGCUGAGUUCUCGCUCGAUUCCAACGGGUUCCAGAUUCAUCGACAUACAGCGCAAGAGCGCGACUUCCUCGAUGAUGGCCAGAUUAAGACUUCAUACUAUCUCGAAACAGAGCAGCUCCUCAAGGAUGUCACUGGUGCCUCAAAGAUCUUUAUCUUCGACCACACCAUCCGCCGUCAGGCCCCUGACGCAGAGCCGAAAGGUCGAACGCUCCGAGGGCCCGUCCAGCGCGUCCACAUUGACCAGUCGUAUGCGGCAGCGCUCACGCGGGUUCCGCACCAUCUGCCCGAACAAGCAGAGGAGCUCCUUAGCGGUCGCGUGCAGAUCAUCAACGUCUGGCGGCCCAUCAAGACUGUCCAUCGGGACCCGCUUGCCGUGGCCGAAGCCGAUUCAGUCCCGGAUUCGGACCUCGUCGUGACGGAGCUCAUCUACCCCAACCGCCGUGGUGAGACGUAUGCUGUCAAGCACAACAGCAGCCAUAAGUGGUUUUACAAGAGCGGAUUGACCCCAGACGAGGUGCUUCUCAUCAAGUGCUUCGAUAGCAAGACGGACGGCCGGGCGCGCCGUGUGCCCCACACGGCAUUUGUGGACCCAUCGGCUCCGGAGGAUGCGCCGCUGCGGGAGAGCAUCGAGGUGCGGGCAUUGGUGUUCCAUCCGGAUGAUCAUGAGUAA